GCGACAUCGUCUCUCGUCCCGUCCGUCCAUCUCGCGUUCUGGUUAGUGAAAAUGUCGACUCUAUUUUGGUGUCUCCUCCCAUGUUAGCUCGCGGUGUUGCAUUGUGCAACCUUCGAGCAGCACCUCAACCCCUGGACGAGUCCAGGCGGGGAGGAUUUAAAUCAGGAAAAAGUGCAGUGAAAAAAUGAAUUCUAAUGAAGCUCACUGGGAACCAUUGGCGGAGAUUUAUCUAUCCUAUCCGACGGGGGGGACGAAUGGAGAAGCUGGUUUAGGUAGUGCUGUCGUAGCUGCUGGCAAGGAGAAGAAAAAGGGCAUUUACUGCCUGUGCAGCCGUGUCUUCAUUAGGAAUUACUACGAUGUUUACGUGUCGACCCUGGAACGGGGCGAGCCCACUAUGUCGGAAGUGCCCCUAGUGGAUCAUGAGCAGCCAAGGGAGAAAACAGUUGGCGAACGGGAAGUAGCGAAGGUAAACACCUUUGAAGCCGUGGAGGAAGUCGAGGACGAUGUAUUUAGCGAGGAACCAUUGAGGAAGCAACUUAGCUUUGGGAGAAGUGUGGUCAAGUGGGACCGGGAUUGCGGUGCUAGUGAUGCAAGUUGUUACUUCAGUGCAAGUGCUUCACAUUCCGAUACCAAUUAUUGUAGCACCGACGAGCAUGAGCAUAUUUUCCAAGGUACUGUGAUGGCUCACCAUGGAUUGCAUUCGAGCGAUAGCGGGGCGGAUAUUUCGGAAAAGAACUUCGAGAGGAAGGAGUGUUUUUUCGAAGGUGUCAAGGAAGCACUGGUAGAUGACGGAAAGGUAACUUCGAUGAUGCAUGUAGAACGGAACAAUAGUCUUCCGGAGGUUUUCGGAAGGGAGGAUUUGCAGGAGGCUUGGGAAUCGUACUGGAACAAGCACGGGGAGUCUUUGAUUUGGGCUUCGUGGAUUGAAAAGUACAGCGAUUACAUCAAUGCGGAGUACCUGGAUCAGGCUCACCAGCACGAACAGCACGAAACGAAUUGCAAUUCACCACAUUCCAAGAGUGAAGCCACUCCGGACACGACUUACGAUGCUUCCAAGCACUUUUCCUUCGACACAAUGGAGGCGGAUUCGGAACCGAAAGCACCAACAGAAAUUAUUGUCACCACCAGUUCGCCCCAUCCGUGCACCCGUGCAGAUGAUUGGAAUGACAUUUGGACCACACAUCGAUCUGGUUCGACCGAGAAUGAAGCCCUGUUGAGUCCACGAUGCGACUCGGUUACUUCCAGCAUUCCAUUGACCAUUGGCACCACGGAUUCGAUGACCAAUGUGACACGCAUGACAAUCUCGAGCUAUGACUUCUGCAGUUCGAAAGUUAGUUCGGAAUCAUCGAAUCUGAGCGAGUCCAGUAUGAGUGAACAGAUUUCGUCCGAGACAGAGAGUUCGAAUAGUUCCGACAUGCUGGAGACGGAAUGCCUGGUGGGAAGCCGUGGCAUGGUAUUGGCGAUUGGAGGAGAAUCGAUUAUACACGAGGAUGAGUCCGCCAUGGAUGGCGAGCAGUAUUGGCAGAUCCUGUGGCAGAAGCACUUCCAGGAAAUGUACGCCACACAUUACAACAUGUACAUGGCGGAAAAAAGUGGUGAGCAGGAAGGUUGCGAUUUGCGGACCAAGUUACACAAACGGAAGAGGAAUAGCAGCAGCGGAUCCGGAAUGUUGCACAACAAAUCUUCAGCCAACGAACAGCUUCCCGAAAUGGUCGCACAAUUAAAGCUAGAUCUAGCAUCUCCCAAAAACAAAGAGCAAUCGCACGCCCCAUCGGAUGGUCAAUCCGAUCAGCAGAAAAGCUCCGACAACACCAACCAAGAAUGUAAACCAGACCACGUCCUAGAGGAUCUUUCCAGCGCUCUGGAAGCGUACGGCCUACCGACGUCUUUCGGUAAGUCCAAAAAGACCACCAAUCGAGGCGAUGAUGACGAUGACCCUCCGGAAGACCGUCCGAUCAAUUUGAAACGAAGUCACGAAAGUGACACCGAGGAAACACCAAACGACCGGCUAAAGGCGGCUUUCGAACUGAUGGGUUAUGCUUUUUCCGAUCCGGCCAAUCGAAGCGAGUCGGCCGAUUCCAUCAUCAACAUUACCGGAGAGGUGGUCUACCGGAAGAAGCACAUAAGACUGCACAAUCGGGUGCUGAAGAUGAAGCACCACAAGCCUAAGCACACGUACUUCGAUGACGAUGGGAACGAGAUUGCACCACCGGUAGGAUCGGAGAAAGAAGAUGCCGCACCGGAAGCGCUGAUGCACACUUCCUCCGAUGACGACGAUCCGGGCGGAGCGGUUCCGCCGAGAAGCGUCUCGUCGAGCGUGCGAUCCAGCACCAUUCUGGAGUACAGUCAGCUGCAAAACAAGGAAUCGGAAUCGCAGGAAGAGGGAACCGAAGAGGAACACAAACAGGACGAGAAUCCACCGUCGGAGGAAGCCCUGGAUCAGGUGCAGGUAAUUGGCCCAUCUCUAACGCAGCAUAUCUUCAAUCAUCAUGCUUUCUUUCAGCUCCCCGUAAAGAAGGAGAAAAAGAAGAAGCGCAAGCCGAAGUUCGUAGCCAGUCUGCCGCCGGAGAUAGCCAACGACAAGUCCCUGCUGAAGUACUGGUACAAGCGCUUCUCGUUGUUCUCGCUCUUCGACGCCGGCAUCAAGUUGGACCGGGAAAGCUGGUUCUCCGUGACACCGGAAAAGGUAGCCUCGCACACGGCCGUACGCUGCCGGUCCGAUUUGAUUGUGGAUGCCUUCUGCGGCUGCGGUGGCAACUCGAUCCAGUUCGCCUUCACCUGCAGCAAGGUCAUUGCGAUCGAUAUCGAUCCCAAGAAGAUCGAAAUGGCCAAACACAACGCCGCGGUGUACGGAGUGGCCGAUCGGAUCGAAUUUAUCACGGGAAAUUUCCUCCAGCUGGCGGAUAAGCUUCGAGCGGACACGAUAUUCCUGUCUCCUCCGUGGGGUGGCCCCAGCUAUCUGAAGGAUGAGGUGUACGAUCUGGAGGGGUCGUUGAUUCCGGUUCCGGCGACGGAACUGAUGCGCAAGGCUCGCAUGGUAAGUCACAACGUUGCAAUGUACUUGCCUCGCAAUUCCAACACCCAACAGCUGACGAUGCUGGCCGGACCGAACAAUGGGGUGGAGAUCGAGCAGAACUUCCUCGAUCGGAAGUUGAUUGCACUGACCGCGUACUACGGCGAUCUCGUCAAUGAGUGAGCUAGCAGAUUUACUUAACCACGGAUGAUUACUAAAUGGAAAAGAGUGUUGUUUUUGGAGAUUUUUUGUUUUCUUGCGUUCAUUUUUAUACACACAAAACAAAGAGGCAUAAGCAGAGAAUCAGAUAAAAAAUAUCAGCUCGAUAGCAAUAGCCACCAGAAAGCAGAUUUUUAUUUUUUUAUACCUAGCAAUAAUGAACAUAAUGUGUAAGACAAAAUACUAUAGAUUGAUUUACUGGUUAGCCAAUUUUUGAUUAGUUAGAUACGCGCAUUUAACGUACCACCAAACAAACUGAAAACCGUUCGUUCUUUCGGUUUGCUUGCUACUUACUACUUUAAUAAACGACAAUCUCGUUUAGCUUUUUUUUCCGGCUCAUACUAGCAACACCAAUAUGCCAAUAGUUUCAAUGUCUAACUUAACAUUCUCGUUUUCCAUAGCAAAUGAACUGCAGCAAUUUUUAAGUUUAGUUUAGUUUUUUAAGAGAUUGAAAAUGAAAAAAAAAAAUCAUAGCAAAGAGAAGAAUUUCGACGACAGCAGACGGAUACGAUUGAACUACUCAUCCAUUUAUACGGUGCGGGAGACGGAUAUCAACUUGUAGUGGAUUUACACGCGUCACGAUCGGAUUACGGAGAAUAAAGCAACUGCGUGUAUCAUGACAACUA